AUGGCCUUCAACUUCAACUGGUCGCCUUUGACGGCCGAUGCGGACUUCUACCAGAGGGCCCAGGAGAUGCUCACGACCGCGCUCAAUAAAUCGCCCAAGCCUCCCAUCAUCGUCGACGACAUUCUGGUCAACGAACUGAACCUGGGCAGCGUGCCACCCGAACUCGAGAUACUGGAGAUCGGAGAUCUGGCAGAGGAUAGGUUUAGGGGCAUCUUCAAGAUGUGCUAUUCUGGAGAUGCCUUCUUGACCCUCAAAACAAGGGUCCAAGCAAACCCCCUGAAUACAUAUCUUUUUUCCAAGCCGUCUUUCACGUCCCCGCAGCCCCUCGCAGCCUCCUCCGGCUUGACGAUCCCGCUCCAGAUCACGUUGUCAGAGAUCAAGUUGUCGGCAUUCAUCAUUUUGGUUUUCUCCAGAUCGAAAGGACUGACGCUCGUCUUCCGAAAUGACCCCCUCGAAUCGCUCAAGGUCUCAUCGACAUUCGACUCGAUACCAUUCGUCCGCGACUACCUGCAAAAGGAAAUUGAGAAGCAACUGCGAACAUUGAUGAUGGACGAGCUGCCUGCGAUCAUCCAUAAACUUUCAUUGAAAUUGUGGUGCCCGGAAUAUAGCGCAAAGGAAGAGGAAGAGAUCGCGCAUGCUAAGACGCUGGACAAGGAAGAUGUCGCCGUAGACCCAUUCGCCAGCCCCCCACUGGACGCAGUGGACUCGAGAGGAAAUGUCCUGGAUGCGAAUGAGAUUUCUUCACUGUCACUAGAUGGCGGGUCUGAGAUCCAUUCGCUGUUCUCCCAGAAGAAUUUACUCCGCCUGGCGGCAUUAACCGAUUCGCACCGAACCCUUUCUUUGUUCACGCCAUCCAUCCGCGAUGCUGUGUUCAGAGCUUGGGCAGGGCCGUCAUCUGAUCGCAAUGAGGGCGCUUCUACCCCUGCAACACCAACUCUCAUUAGGUCGCACUCAACAGCCGGUAGCACUAGCACGACGUAUACCUUCCUGAACAGAGGCUCAGAAGAUGGCCACAGCAGUUUGCCUUCCAGACCUUCUCUCGUGAGCUUGCCAUCAGCAACUACCGGACUCGGCCUGGGUGCUGGUAGACAUUCGCAGUCGCACAAGCGCAAAAAGAAGACGCGCGUGGUCAACCUCCGGAAGCCCAAGACGACUGAUGAUAUCAGCGAAUCUGGCGAAAGCGAGACUGCUUCUAUUGUGGAAGCCUCGGAGCCCAUCAUGUCCAGCCGUGUCCCAGAGCCGGAAGAUAACAUCAUUGAGCCUCCCCAGUCUCCCAAUCACCGAGUUCGUUUCCGCACCAGCAGUAUUGACCUUGGAGACUCGCCAAGAAAGUCCAGAGUGUCUCAUCCUCGCCCAGCGCUGAACAUGACUUCAAAUAUGCCACCCGAGCAGGCAAUACUCGACUCUGCCCCGACGGCAGAGAAGCCAGAGUCAACCGCUCCUAUCUUCAGUCGAGAGCACAGACCUGCUCACCAAACUUUCGCUCCCUAUUCAGCGGAGAAAGCAUCUUCCACCGCGCGAUCUCUCGCUCCAGCGCCUCUGUUAUUAGAAACCCCCUCUGCAGCAGGAAGUAUUUUCGAGCAAGCCUGGGUUAUGAAGAUGGCUGGUGAGAUGGCACGUCGUGCCCACGACGAUAAAGCUGUCCACGCUGCCCGCGAAGGAUGGUCGCAAACUCACACCGAAAGAGAAGACACCCCGCCUCCAGCAUACGAGGCAAAAGCUUAG